ACGAGCGAGAACCAAUUGGACAGGUAUGUAGAACAGAUGGAAAUUCAAUGUGUUGCAGUUGCUUUGUCCAGGAAAUUCAAUGCCAUCAAGCCGAAAGGAACCAGAGACGUUCAUUUUGCUGACGUGUCUGUUGUUACGGCUACCGAAGGCACUCAGGAGGUUCAUUAUGCAAUGGAAAAUUACAUUCCUGGAAAAUACAUCAAAUUCAACAACAAUUCGGGUUUUGUCAAUGAGUUUUCGUACACCGCCACGCUGAACGCGUUUAGUCACUGGACAUACUGGGCUUCAAAUAGAUAUCUCAUGGUUGUGGACCUUCAAGGCGUGAAAGACGAAAGCUCUGGUGAAGUACGAUACGUUCUUACCGACCCUGCUGUACAUUGUGGCAAGGUCACGAGAUUCGGUAAGACAAAUCUUGGAAGAGAAGGCAUGUAUAAUUUUUUCCGCACUCACUAUUGCAACAGCAUUUGCAAAGCGAUGGGGCUCAAGUUUCAUCGCUGUCAGCCAACGGCUGUUUACACUAAUUUUGCAGGAGCAACUGUUGCAUCGUAGUUCAUGUUGGGCUUCAUAUUGAAAAAUUUGAAGUUGUAUGAAGACAGUUUUAGACUAUCAGACCGAGGUCGGAUAUUUCUCGGUUAAGAGCGAGUAAGCAAGGUUAAUAAAACAUUUAUUAUUUUGCGUUAUUUGACCUGACGAUUAGCUUUCACUCCUUUGGUUUAUGUGAGUAUACAAUAAAUCGUUUGAAAUUGUGUCA